AAUAUCUUGCCAAAGAACAAGAGUUCAUUCCAUGGAGGGCAACUGCCAAUGCUCUGGCCUAUAUUGACAAAAUGUUGGAACGCAGUGCUGGCUAUGGAUAUUUCAGGGAGUACAUGAAGACAUUGCUGAAUGGGACACUAGUGGAAUUUGAAAACUUGGAAGAUAUCAAGCCAGAGUACACUCAGGAUGUGACACAGCUGUUCAAGGAUGUUCUCAUUCAAGAGAGAGCAUGCAAAUAUGGUGUUGACAAGUGCAAAAGUGACGCCAGUGCUCAAUACAAAGAGUGGAUGACCAACUAUGAUGAAGCCUCGCCAGACAAUGCCACCAUAAGCCCAAAUGUGAAUUCCAUAGUGUACUGCUAUGGAGUGGCCAAUGGAGGAGAGGAGGAAUGGAACCAUGCCUGGAGGCACUACACCAAGACCAAUUUGGCUAGUGAGAAGACCGCAAUGUUGUCAGCCAUGGCUUGUACUGAAGAAGUUUGGCUUCUCAGC